AAAUAAUCCCUUACUCUAUUUAAAUCCGUUCACUGAAUCCAAAUUAAUCUGUCUCUUGUUGCCGCCGUCGCUCUCGCCGCUUGGAUCCCGCCGGAAAACAGGGAAAUACCAUUUUCACCAAAUCUAUUACAAGAGAUACAAAAAGGACACUACUUGCUCCUUCAUCCUCCGCUAUUUCUUAUAUUCUACCAAUUUCACUAUCAAUAUCAUUCAUCAUCCAAACUUGGAUUCGUUUCAUGUUCCCACAAUAGUAUACUUCAACUCUCUACCAAUCCAAUCACUAUUGAUCGUCCCUUCUAACAUUUUCCCUUCAUUGCAACAGCUAAAAUCUCACUUUUUGGUUGUCAAUUGAAGGUGACACUCUUCCAUUUUUUGGCUAAGAAUGGGUAGCCUCAAGUGUUUUUUCAGAGCAACAAGGCCUUGUUCCUCUCUUUUGAGGCACAUACGGUGCAUGAGCAAUGUCCCUGAAAACACAGUGUAUUCAGGACCCAUGUCCCAGAAUGCAAACCAAAGAGUGACACUGACCCUUUUGAGGCAGAAGCACAGAAAGUCUGAACCCAUCACAAUGGUCACUGCCUAUGAUUACCCUUCAGCACUGCACCUAGACAUGGCUGGUAUUGAUAUCUGCCUUGUUGGUGACUCAGCUUCCAUGGUGGUUCAUGGACAUGACACCACGCUACCCAUCACGCUCGAUGAAAUGCUUUCUCAUUGUCGUGCCGUGGCUCGAGGGGCUAAAAGGCCUCUUCUUGUUGCUGAUUUGCCAUUUGGGACCUAUGAAUCCAGUUCCAAUCAGGCAGUGCAUACAGCAGUUCGUAUUUUAAAAGAAGGAGGAAUGGAUGCCAUAAAAUUGGAAGGAGGGUCCCCUUCAAGAAUUGUUGCAGCAAAAGCUAUUGUUGAGGCUGGAAUAGCUGUGAUGGGGCAUGUCGGUCUUACUCCCCAGGCCAUUAGUGUUUUGGGGGGAUUUAGACCUCAGGGAAAGAAUGUUGCUAGUGCUGUUAAGGUUGUAGAGGCAGCAUUGGCUUUUCAAGAAGCUGGGUGCUUUUCUGUUGUUCUAGAAUGUGUGCCUCCACCAGUGGCAGCUGCAGCAACAGCAGCCCUUCGAAUUCCUACAAUUGGAAUUGGGGCUGGACCCUUCUGCAGUGGACAGGUGCUAGUUUACCAUGAUCUGCUUGGUAUGCUACAACACCCCCACCAUGCAAAGGUUACUCCAAAAUUUUGUAAGCAGUAUGCCCGUGUUGGAGAUGUCAUGAAUAAAGCUUUACUAGAGUAUAAGGAAGACGUGAUAAAUGGUUCAUUUCCUGAUGCUCACCAUAGCCCGUACAAAAUCAGUGAAACAGAUGCUAAUGGUUUCUUAAAUGAGUUGCAAAGGUUAGGUUUAGACAAGGCAGCAUCUGCGGCAUCUGAAGCAGUUCAAAAGAUGGAUCCUACCAAAUCAGUUGGUGAAGGAAACCCACCAAAGUCAUAAUUUAGUAAAGCUACAGAAUCACCCUUCUGUUUUCAUCUGAUGUCCUUCAUCUUCCUCAAUGGCAGAACAAAUUCAAGGGACAUAAUAAUUGAACAGAAGUGGAGAAGACUGAUAGAUAGAUAGAUAAAUGCCAUUUUCUUAGGCCAGAUUGCUUCAAUAGUUCAAUUGCUUUUCUUGUUUUUCCUCUUCUCCUCUUGAUCAUUGAUAGAACCCAUAAAAUUAUAACUAUAUAUUUACUAAAUCAAGAGCUUACAAACACCAAUUCAAGAUAAAAUGCAGAAAAUAAACAUUAAAAGACCUCACUCACUCUCAAGCCAAUAUACCUAGGCCAAAGAGAUCUUUUCCCAAAAUCCACUCCAAAUAUUCUGAAUACAUGUAUGCCUAAACCCCACCCUCAGAUCACCCUAUAUAACAACAUUUUUCCCUCUAACUAACUACUACGGACUAUUUUAUAUUGCUGGACUUGGGCCCACUUGUCAUAGCCCAACAAUACUCCCUCUCCAAAAUUCACCUUGUCCUCAAGGUGAAGGGAGAGAUCAACAUUUUUGCCACAAAGUUUCACCAGGAUCCCAUUGCUUGAAGCAUAUUAAACAAAAAUCGUACAAUUGCGUGUUAUCAAUCGGGUCAUAGGUCCUCCUCUGAAAUUCACCUGCGCGCAACUGCAAUUCAGAAACAUUAGGCCUUCUCUGAUUCACAUGAGGCCCCAAAUGGGUUUCCCCACUCAGCCCAUUAUUUUCCUUUACGAAAUUCCCAUUUUGCCUCCUUUUUGGAUUAAGUUUCUUGUUCCCGUAAAUGUUGACCCAUGUCUUCCAUUGCUGACUACUGGGCCUUGCCCAUAGCUUCCCUCACCAGAAGUCCAAUUAGUAAGUGCAAGCCUAGUGUGGAAGCUAACCCUAAAUCUUGACCCGUAAUUUGAUCGCCUCAAUGAUACUCUGAUCCCUUCUCUUCUCUUCUCCCUUUCUUCCACCUUGGUCAGUGAUCUUCUCCGGUGAGCAGCAAAGUCGAUGGCCUGAGCUCCUUGUGCCGUCGUCCUUGCUACCGUUCGUGAUCGUUGCCACUGUUCGCUUGCAGUCUCGUGCUAGUUCUAGAUCUGUGCGCACGUCGUCUCCCUAUUCCAGAUCUGACUUGGUCUUCUUCAACCUCAGAUCUUUCCUCUUUAUACAAUUCUUCUGUGCUGGUUCCAGAUCUGUGCGCGCGUCGUCUCACUAUUCUAGAUCUGACUUGGUCUUCUUCAACCUCUACCUCUUGCUUUUUUUCAUCUUCUUGCGCUCCUUCUUCCUUUCCGUCUUGCUCUUUUUCUGUAAAUUCUUCAGCCUCUUCGAUCUAUUCUUUUUUUUCUUCUUCGAUUUUCUUUUUCUUUUUUUCCUUUUUCUUUUCUGUCGUCGUUAUUCACCUUGUCCGCUGCACCUUCAGCCUCUUCGUCAGUUUCUUUUUGUUCUUUUUUUUUCUCCUUCCUCUUUUUUUUCUUUUUUGAUUGCUUCUUUUUUUUCUCCUGCGUUUACCUUUUUUGCCUUUCUUUUACAUUUUCUUCCUUUUUUUCUGGGUUGUUUGAGACUUCAACUUCAUCUACUAUAUAGAUCUCAGGUAUAUAUCUCUUUAUACUCUAUCAAAACUCCGCCAACUUACAUGGGGACUGAACCCACUCCAAAGUUUCUACCAGUUGAGCGCUCUACCUCUCAACCCCUUCACAGCUUCAUUCAGCAUAUCAGUUUCUUGAAUUUGAUUUGCUUGAAAAUGUUGUUCAAGCCCGAGAAACCAUCCCCAAGCUUUAAUUCCAUCUUCAUCUCCAUAAAAUUCUAGAAUCAUUGUAGAUCUGUAUUAUUUUUUUUAGAUCUGAACCAGAAAGCACCUCUGGGAUCGAAAAUGCUCUGAUACCAAAUUGAUGGAACCCAGAAAAUUAUAACUAUGUAUUUACUAAAUCAAGAGCUUACAAACACCAAUUCAAGAUAAAAUGCAGAAAAUAAACACCAAAAGACCUCACUUACUCUCAAGCUAAUAUACCUAGGCCAAAGAGAUCCCAAGAGAUUCUUUCUAACUAAAUCCACUCCAAAUAUUCUAAAUACAUGCAUCCCCAAACCCCACUCUCAUAUCACCUUAUAUAACAACAUUUUUCCCUC